AGUGCGUCACUCCAUGUCUUCGUUGGCAGUGGGUGCUACGUUGAACUAUUCUGCUUUCUCCCUUUCCUCUCUGUGAUCUGGCUAUCAUCACCAGCAGCCGUCCACGCAAGAGACUACGGGCAGGUUCUGGCAAAGCAAACUCAAAGAGAAGACAAACACGAAGUAGCUAUUACAGGCGCUCCCGGAUGGUUACUGCACAUUUGGCUUUUCAGUGAAUCGCUCAAGUGAGAACCCACACAAAAAGGACUUACUGCUUCGGUACGGAGAGUGGAAGCUAACACACGACGAUUUAACGCUGCAGCUCUGAAACAUCAAAAAAGAAAAAGAGCGCAGUGGAGAAGAGGAGGGCUGCAGGUGCAAUGUGGCGUACACCAGCGUAUCGUAGCGUGCUCGGGCACCUCUUCCUCGAGUCUGUCGUGCAGAGAGGCGGCUCAAGCGCUAUCACUCGUGCAUCAGCCACAGAUGUCUGCGCAACAUCAAAGCGCGCCUACGUCGCAAACGGAAGCACCGCCACUUCCUCCUCUUCACCCGGUCCCACACGCGGCGCCGGCAACGACUACUACAACCAGUCCAAGGAAGAUGAAGAAGAUAAGGUGCUCGAGGAGGAGGAGUUCGCCGCACUGCGCGACGCGGCCGGGGACGAGUUUAUGCCCCUCACCCACCGACUGGCGCACAAAGCAGACGCCCUCGACGCCGACCUGCGCCGCCUUCGCUACGUCCUUUGCGAUCGGCCGCAGUUUCUGGCGGACACGGUCCCUGCUACCUUUUCUGGGCGUCCCACGCACAUGAAGCGGGUGCUCGACCUUCUUCGGAAGGACGCCGCCGGCGACGCGGAGCAGCGCACGUCCGCCGCUUCGCGCGGCAUCAAGGCAGCGUUUUCUUCGUCCUCCUUAAGCGCAAACGUCGAAUCCGCCCUCCGGGCGUCAGCGUACAUCUCCUGGACAGGUACCUCUGCGCCUGUCGUGCGAUGGCUGUGCUUGCGCUUGUUGUGGCCGCGGUCGAAGUCCGGCGCGUCCGCCGCGCACGGCACGGAGCUGGUGACCGUGCAGGGUGAUCUCGACUACCUGCGACGUGUGCGCGCUCUUCAUCAGUUAAACUACUACAGUCGUCUAAAUCUUACCCCGAAGCGUCAUAUUGGGCACGCACUCUACCAAAUCAUGUGGAACUUCGUGAUUGCGGCGCAGAACGCGUGUGGCUGCGUAGUGUACGGUGUCCUACGUGGGGUGAAGGAGCAUGGCAUGCUGAAAGGGAUCUGCACCGGUGUGCUGUCUGGAGUGGUGAAAGGGCUCGCCUUCUUGAGCUACGGCUGGGUGCUGUCGCCCGUCCUCCACCUCUCCCGUGGCCUGUCCAACUCCUUCUACGGUCCGCUAAAUGCGCUCUCCGGGAGGUACGUGUUUGACGCCACGAGCGGACGGUGGAUGCGCUGCACUGUGGCCGACAGCUGUCUUUUCCGCCACGAGCUGCAGCGCGAGAAACGUGUCCUGCGCACCAUCGGCCGCGCUGAGUUCCGCCGCAAGCGCAUGAAGGCAGAGAGCAAGUGGGCGAAUCGGAUGGCUUCCAUGGGCUUCAGCGUGGAGAUGCUGGCGGAGAAGUUCAUGCCCGGCAAGAAAGACUGCAGCGGUGGCGGUGCCGAGGAGAAGCUCCGCAACCCCUACGAUGUUUUGCAGGUGCGUCGCACCGCCUCCCCGCAGGAGAUCAAGAAGCAGUACAAGAAGCUGGCGAUGGUCUUCCACCCGGAUGUGGCGCAGGGCCGGCUAGGGCGAGCGUCGUCCGCGGAGGAGAAAGCCGCUGCGCAACGCAACUUCGAAGAAAUCUCGAGCGCCUAUCAAAUCCUGUCGAACCCGGAGAAGCGGAAGGCAUACGACAUGGGCGGUGCGCAGGGGGUGCAUUUGCACGAAACGAAGUACGGCAAGUUCAUGUCGCGGACACCGGAGGAGAUGGUCCAGAGCGUCUUCGGCGGGGAGGGCUUCCGUCGGAUGCUCGUCGGCGAGCUGCUCCGCUCGCAUUGGGCGCUGCGGUACGAGGCGCAGGUGAGCGUGUCGCUGCACGAGCUGGAGGAACUGCAGUCCAUUCGUGUUCGACAGCUCGCGAUGGAACUCGCCGCGAUGGCCGACGUGCACGCGCGGCGGCCGGCCUCUCCGUACUACAAAGGCACUGCUGCCACUGCCGCUGGAGCUGGUAGCAGCAGUAGUAUGCCCCCGCCACACCGACGAAGCGCCUCCUUGCACGGCAGUGCCAGCAGCAGCCUCCCAGAUUACUUAAAGAGCGGGAAAGCAAAGGUCAGAGGCGGUGGCGCCGCGGCUGGCCAUCGCGAACGUCACGCUGUCGCCGCUGGGGCAGAAGGCCGAGGAAUGGAGAAGGAGAUGCAUAACUCCAUAAUGGAGGAGCUCGGCGCCGGUCGUGAGGGUGCCUCUUCGUCCUCUGCCGCUCCUAGCUUCAGCGGGAAGAAGAGUAAUGCAGCUGGUGCUGCCACCUCAGCGGAGGCCACCCCAGCUGAUCCGUCGGUGGCUUCGCCCUUUCGUCUUCGACCAGGCAGCAAUGCGUACAACUGCUUCUCGCAAGACUUCGAGGAUCGGUGCGACCGGUUUGUGCGCCACAUGGCGGACGCGUGCUUUGGCAAGCAACUCCUCUACGAGGUCGGGGAGGCGUACGUGGUGAACGCGCAGCGCUUCCUCGGUAUUCGACCUUUCUACUCCUCGAAGGCGCUCGUGACGCGGAAGGUUUUCUCCGGCAUGGAUCGCGUCUUUGAAGCCUUCAAGGAUAAGACGAAGUUGGACAAACAACAGGUGGCGCGUAAGGUGGUGGCGGAGUACUUCAACAUGGAGUACGACUCCGUCGUCGCGGAUAUUCAUCUGGCGCUUCGCUAUGCGCUUCAGAUGGUGUUGCAAGACUCUGUUGAGUCGGAGGAAGUGCGGCGGAAGCGGUGUUAUGCUGUGUGGAUGCUCGGCGAGAAGAUGAUGACGGUCGGCGAGAAGUGGACCUCGCGUCUUUCGAAGGACGAGGACCUGGCUACGUACAUUCAGCAGGCCGCGAACUCCGUCGCAACAACAAGCAAACCUCCCGCAUUUUAG